UAUACUUGCUUUGCCAUUUUUUUUAUGGUGAAUAUCUUUGCCAUUAGAUCUUCCCUUUCGUUAAUCACCUUCGUUUUGGAUUUAAAGCUCUCUCUCUCUCUCUCUCUCUCUCUCUCUCUCUCUCUCUCUCUCUCGCCAUACCAAAAACCUAGAUCCAAUUGUAUCUAUCGGCUUACAAUCCAUUAGAUCUCAGAAACAAAACCAGUUUCCAAAAUGGCUUCACCCCAGGACUUGAGUUUCAGAAGAUUACUUCUUCUGUAUCUUGUUUCCCUUCUCUUUUCUUCCUUUCUCGUUUCUGCCGUAUCAGAAGUUCAACCCCAAAAGAAGCAGUUUGUCGGUAGGAGAAUGUUAGAGAUAGAGGAGGAAGGCCUACAAGAUCUGCCAAAGAAGAAAUCAACUAAGCUCAUUGAGAAGGAAGAGGAAAACCAGCCUAAGAAGAAGUUGACCAAAACCCAAGCCAAGCUCAUUGAGAUGGAGGGAGGAGAUGAACCAAAGAAGAAAUCCACCAAAACCCAAACCAAGCUCAUCGAGACAGAUGAGGAAGAGCAGCCGAAGAAGAAGACCAGCAAAAGCCAAGCCAAGCUCAUUGAGAUGAAAGAGGAAGAGCUGCCAAAGAAGAAAUCCACCAAAACCCAGACCAAGCUCGCAGAGGAGGACGCAGAAGAGCAGCCAAAGAAGAAAUCUACCAAAAACCCAACGAAGCUCGUAGAGGGAGACGAGGAAGAGAAUCCCAAGAAGAAAUCAACCAAAUCCACGGGGGAGGAAGACCAGCCCAAGAAGAAAUCAACCAAAGCCACGGAGGAAGAAGACCUGCUAAAGAAGAAAGUCAGCCUGUCGACCAAAAACCAAACCAAGCUCAUCAAACCGACCACCAAUUCAACAAAGGUAACAACAAAGCUCGUCAAACCAACCACCAAUUCAACAAAAAAGGCAACAACUUCUUCUGGUUCUGGAACAAUCCUCCCCAAGACGCAACUCAAGAAGCUCAACUCCACCUCAAAGAGCUCAAAUUCCACCAAAUCAAAUCCAACUUCCAUCAAGAAAUCCCCAGAUCUACUGGAACCCAGCACACCCAAAAACAAAACAGCCACUGUCACCAAACCGUCACAAAAAACCACUGCCAAGAAAUCCAUUGAGCUCAAAUCCAAAACCUCAGACAAGAGUCAGCUCGCAGAGCAAAAUGCCAAACAAGAAAAGACCAGGAAACCCAACCAUCCCAACUGGAUGGAUCAAGACGACGAGGACGACUUAGUAGCGGAAUUCAGAGAUCUCCCCUCCAAAUUUCAUCAGACAUUCAUCCCAGACCUCGAGAGAAUCUCAACAACCUCCAAGGUUUAUCUCAACAAGGCCAACAAAGAAAUCACGGAAGGGUUCAAGCCCUUAGUAGGCAGCAAAUACGCACCCACCAUAGCUUCGAUAAUCUCUUGCAUCUUCAUUCUGGCCCCUCUCCUCCUCGUCACUCUCAUCUUCAACCGAAUCAAAGCUUAUUUCUCCCUUCAACAAAUCCUACUAUUCAUUCAAAUCUACCUGUCAAUCUACUUCUCAAUCCUCGCAUUCUCAUCGUUGGUGACAGGAUUGGAGCCAUUGAAGUUCUUCUACUCGACGUCGCAGUCGAGUUACGUUUGGUUACAGGUAUUGCAGACGCUGGGGUACGUCAUAUACCUGCUGUUGCUGCUCAUGUACCUGGUAGUGGUGUUCUCGACGGAGACUGGAUUGGGGUCGAAGUUGUUGGGCCUGGGGCAGACGAUCGUGGGCUUUACAGUGGGCUUGCAUUACUACGCGAGAGUGUUUCACAGAGCAGUGCUGCAUCAACCGCCCAAGACGAAUUGGAAAGUCCACGGGAUAUACGCCACGUGUUUCUUCCUGAUAUGCCUAUGCACGAGAGCUGAGAGGAGAAAGAAGGCUUAUCUACAGGACAGCGGUGAGGAGGGAAAGAAGAGCUAAAUGAUAAAUCAUAGAUCUCUCCUCUCUUUCGUUCUUAAUUCCUUCCUUAUUCCUCUUCCUCUCCCUUUUUUUUAUCUUUCUGUUUCUACUGAGGUUCUUCGGGUUUUAGGACAAUGAACAGGCGAGAGAAUCUCGUUCCUUUUCCUUCUUUAUACUUUUUUCAUAUAGUUUUGCUAUAAUUUAUUGUUUCUGUAUUUGAAUUGGCGAAAGAUAAAUAAUGAUGAAGGAAUUCAUGAACACAA